GCCAUUUUUGUUAUCCUCUUGACAUUUUCUCUUUGUUAGCGGCCGACCUCUUAGUACUAGGUAAGGGUUUAAAGGUUUUAUUUAAGAUUUUUCCGCCGUUCAUCUUUUGUCGGGGCGGACGUCCAAUCGCGUCUUUUUCUUCAUUGUUGGUCACCCCUAAGCCGUGCUUCGUUCACUAUGCAGAAGGCAUGGCUAGAACCAAGCAAACGGCAGAUCCGACGCGCCUGCGCUUGCGGGAAGAAGCAUCGACACCUCCUAGGGAGAGAUAUUCUUCCACCGCCUCGGCAGUCGACGAAGAAUUUGCCGAACUCUUUCAAGAGAUCGACGAGUACGUCGAGGCGGGGGAGCAGGCGGCAAGCUCGUCGGAGGGUACAGCGAGCCAGGCAGUGGGGGAGCCAAGCGUCGCUCCAUUGUCAUCGGCCGCCGAGGAACAAGAAGCUGCUCCCCAGCUUAUUAAGCCCAGAGGACGGGAGGAGGCCCAAUUGCUUCCGUCAGAGAUUCACCCAGACGUGGGCUGGAUGCGGUGGCUAGACAGGCAUGGAGCCAAGAUGAGGGAUGACCUCUGCGUGGGGGAAGGGUACCAAAUGCGCGUGCCGGCCGGUCUGGACUCGACCGUCAGCCUGCUUGCCGAGGGAGAAUUCCCUGUGUACGCCGCGUCAAUCAAACUCGGCAUGAGAUUCCCUCCACACCCCUUCGUUGUGGAGGUGUUAGAUGGUUUCAAUAUUGGGGUGGCCCAGCUGACCCCCAACUCAUGGGCGGAUAUCUUUGGCUACAUUGCCAAAUGUGCACUGAACGACGUGGAGCCGUCCUUCAACGCCUUUCUGCAUCUGGUCUCCCUCUCUCGUUCCCCCAGUGCCGCCAAAGGGUGGUUUAAUCUGAGCAGCCGUGGUACCUACCAGACAGUGGUCGGCAAGCUCAGCAAGUGGCAUAUGUGGAGGAAGAGGUGGGUCGUGUUUUACACUGACGACCAGGAGAUGUAUGAGAGAAUGAGCCGUUGGAACUGUGACGCCAACUUCAUGGAUCGUGACGAGCCCCUUCCCCCCCUUACUGCCGAAGAGUGGGAUCAGAUAAUGGUCCUGUUCAGGGCCAACACUUACCACUUAACAGUGGAUAAGAGUUUCCAUGUGCCGGCCGAGUGGUUGCCGCACAUUAGCCAGUUUCGGAACGAGGCCUUUCUAGCGGCCGUAGGCUUAGGAUAUUCCAUGACUCGAGGUUGUAUGCCAAUUUAUGUGCCGUUCCGCGUUGGUCUAUUCAUUUUUUCUAACUUUGGAUUUCUUUUGUUCACAGAGGAAGGAAUGAGCAAGCUAUCGGCGGCGGAUAUUGGGAAGGGCGAUAUGACCGAUUGGAUGGCGGACAUCUAUGAGGCCAAGAUGCAGAAAGCCAAGGCCGAGUUGGAGGAGAAGCAAGCUAAGGACGCGGCUAGGGCGUCAGGGAAGAAGAAGGGGACGACUCUGUCCCAGCUGAAGAAGAGAGCUGUGCCGGCUGGCUCGGAGACUCCGAGUACCUUCAAGAAGCCAAAACCCCUACCUCGCCGUCUCGUGAAGAAAGACGAGUCGAAGGUUGCUGAGGGGGGAUGCCCUGAUGACGAAGAGAUGGGCGUGGACAAGCCGUCUCUGGUGGUGGACUUGGUGGAGGACCCUCUUUCGGGAAUCCCGGCCGACGUCCGCUCUCAGAUACCGGCGGAGGUGGCCCGCCGAGCUAGGUCUUCGGGCGGUAAGUAUUAUUCGAACGUCGUUCAGACGUAUCGAGCCUCCUCUGGCAGUUCUUCUUACUCUCCGCGUCAUCCUAAGGCCAUUGUUUUUCCUAUAGCCAAAGACAAAGGGAAGGAUGCAGCUGCUGCCGAGGAUGAGAACGUACCUGCUACUCCACACUAUUCGUCAAAGGAUAGGGUGGCUAUAUGCCGCAAGGUUUUUAAGGCCGUCCCCGCUGAGUAUGUUGCUUCUCUUCCUGGCCGCAAGACUGACGCCCAGUUUGGUGCGAUCCAGGCCACUCUUCUCGACUUGUUCUGCCGCAUGGAAUUCUGCAAGAGCUGGAAGACCCGCACUGCUGAGGAGCUCAAAGCUCAGGUGGCUGAGUCCACCCACCAUGGUGACUAUGCGUUCAAGUCCAUUGAAGAGGUCCGCCUGCAGAUGCAGACGACCAUAGACCUUCAAGCGAAGGAGGUGGCUGCGUUGAGAUCUGACAAGGCCGAGCUGCUUAAGAAGAUCUUGGCGCAGGACAAGGACAUGGUGGCAAUGGUCGAGGAGGCCAAGACAGCGGCGGCGGAAAUACGGGCGCUUCAGGACCAGUUGCGGGAGUACCCUCAGGUCAAAGAGGCGGCUGAGGAAGCCGAGCAUCUUCGUGGGGAGCUAGAGACGGCCAGAUCGCAAGUUCGCACCUUGCGUGAGCGUCUUCUGGAAUCCUAUGAUCAGGGGGAACAAGCGACCAAGGACGCUGUUAAGCACGCCUGGGAGAGCCACAUGUCAGAGUAUGAUCUUGGGUGGUUCCAGCGGCGAAUGGAGCACAGUGCCGCUGUGUUGGCUGCUGAACGUCUUGGUCAGCCGCCCCCUGAGUUUGUAUCAUCUGAUGACGAGGACGAUGCCGCCGCCCCCUGAUUUGCUUCCUUUCCUAUUUUUUUUAAAAAAAUUUUAUUCAAGCGUUCCAGUGCCUAAGGGCAAAAACAAUUAUGUUGUAAAGUUUUGGCGCUGAUGGCGUCUGUAUCAUUGUGCCUGCUGAGCACACAACAAUUCUCUUUCUUUUUCCUGGUCAGGAAUUCUGAGCUACUUUCACACGCCUUUCUACGGGCGUUGUUUUAUAAGUAAAUAGGUUUUUUGAUGUUUCUCCUAUCUCGCAUUUACUUGCUCUUCAUAAUU